AUAUGACAGCUUUUGUGGUAAUUAAUCAAGCACCAAGGACAGCACUGAAUGGUGUCCUCGCACAGUGUAAGAUCAAGGCUGUGUGUGUGUGUGUGUGUGUGUGUGUGGCGGGGGCUUACCUAAACUUUUAUAAACAGCUUUAACGUAAUUUUAAUUUCAUUAAGUCCCCUUUUUGCCGAAAUCAUUGCUUUUCUGGUGUCAUUGUAACUGUAUAUAUCGCUCACGCGCUGAUUGGGCGCGAGAGGUGAUGAUGUGUCAGAGCGCGCGCUCCUCGCUGCAAAGCUUUUUUUGAAACUCUCUGCUCUUGACAUAGAUCUGAAACAAAUACUCACAAACCAAGAGUUCGUUCACACACACUUCACUGUAAGUUGCAAAGAAAUAAUCCUGCCCUUCAUACAGCGCGUUCAUAGACUUGCAGUCCUCAUCUCUCUUCACCAGAGGAACCCUCUCUUUCCACAGAUGAUUUAAAUAGCAGGUGUUAUAGCAUUUUUUUUUCUUCCGUGACGCAAAGCAGCAAAUGAACUUGAGGAACAUGGUGAAGCAGCCCAUGGAGCAUAUCAAGAGACCAAUGAACGCGUUCAUGGUCUGGUCGCGAGGUCAGAGAAGACAGAUGGCACUGGAGAACCCGAAGAUGCACAACUCUGAGAUCAGCAAGAGACUUGGUGCCGAGUGGAAGUUGCUCUCCGAGUCUGAAAAAAGACCUUACAUCGACGAGGCCAAAAGACUUCGCGCCCAACACAUGAGAGAGCAUCCAGAUUACAAAUACCGACCGAGACGCAAACCUAAAGGACUGUUGAGGAAGGACACGAUGUUGUCUUUAGCGCUUCACAGCGAGCGAGACUUUCAAAGCAUCUCAACUUUGACCAAUAAACCACGACCUCUCCAUUCAUCUGCGUCCAUGCAGCAUCCUUUCAUUGAGCAGAUCGGAUCCAACACUGCUUUCCAACAUGAAAACCCUGCCAUAACCCCUGGCUCGAUGGCUUUUUCUCCAGCUUUAGGCUAUCAGAGUGGACACAGGUGCAUCGGGAAUCUGGGAUGCCCCGGUCAGUACGUGCGCACUCACAUGUCUCCUGCAAACCCCGGAUACCUGCUGCCCUGUAACUGUUCGCCCUGGUCUUCUUCCAGUCUCACACCUCCACUUGCCUACAUAGUGUUUCCAGGUAUGAGCAAGACUGCAGUGAACUCUACAGCGCUGUGACUCAGACAUUAGGAUGGGAUUAAUAUCGCGGAAAGUUUUUUAAAGAGAAAAGCCGUCUGUUUUUUUCCUGAUUCUCUUUAAGUUCAAGUGGAUCUUAAAGGAGUAGUUCACUUUAAAAAAAAAACUUUUGCUGAUAAUUUACUCACCCCC